UAGACAUUGUAAAAUUUGAUCCUGAUGUCUUUCCUGCCUGUAGGUCUUGAAUAUAUAAAUAGCCUUAUAUUCUAGUGCGAUAAAAAUUCAAACCUGUAAAAUGAGACGAGUCUUUUCGAACGAAUCGCAAAGAAAAAACUGUGUUUGAAUGCGGCAUUGCGGCAUUAACUAAACGCUUUAUUUUUGACAAUUGAGCCGUCUGAAGAUAAAAAUACAUGAUGACAGAUGAGUUUAAAAAAGACGAAUUAGUUUGGGCGAAAGUAAAAUAUUUUCCUCCAUGGCCAGCAAAGGUGGUUGAACCUCCAGUUGGCAAGAAACGUAAAAAUCAUUACUACGUUUACUUUUUGGGGUCUAAUGAUUUCGGGUGGAUAGAAAGAAACAACAUUUCUUCUUUUAUUUACAAUUAUGACGAGAAUGUUAGGCGUAGCUACAAGAAUACCCAAUAUACUAAAGGAGUGAAAAAGGGUGGAGAAAUCUAUCAUCGCAUGCGUAACUUGAACUCUGAUGACGCUGAAGCAAUGAUUGAUGAGGAUACUGAGGACGAUGAGGAUGAACCUGUGCGUCCUAAAAAAUCAUAUAGAAAAGGCAGAAAAAGACCAAAGAAUAAGAAACGUAAGAAGUCUGUGAGAGUUUCAGAAGACGAUGUGUCAUCUACCAGAGCUUCAGAUGACAAUGUGUCCUCUUCCAGAGCUUCAGAAGACAAUGUAUCAUCUGCCAGAGCUUUAGAGGACAAUGCGUCCUCUACCAUUUCAUCAUCAAGUUCCUGUAUCAUUUCUAUUCAUUAUCGGGAUUACAGAAAGAUAAUUCCAAAAGAAGCAAAAGUGCUUCUUAAACGGUGUGAUGAAAAGCUGCCAUCUUUAGAAAGCCAUGCUGAUGAAGCACCUGUCUCAGAAUCUCCACCAGAAGAUCCACCUGUACUUUCACCCGAAUGUUGAAACAAUAUAUCACCAGGGUGGCCAGCCGAUAAUUUUUUGUUUCGUAUGUUGAGUAGUAAAUUUUAUUUUACAAUGAUUUUAGUUUUUAAAAAAUAGAAACAAUUUUAACACAUUUAAGAACAUAUUGUGUUAUAAAUAAAUAAAUAAAAUGAAAUAACAUCAUUUUGAAGAUUUUAGAUGCAUCCAGAAAAAAGGGAAAUUCAAACAGUAGAAAUGAUGGCCACCCUGAUAAACUCCUUGUAUUCCAUGGUGCGAAUUUAAAAUUUUCUGUAUUUUUAUAAUAAAGUCAUCCAUAUUAAUUAUCAUUGUUUGCAUUCACUCCGGUGACUUUUAAUGAUAUAAAAACUAUAAAUUGUAUCCAUUAUACAUAUUGAUUUUACUGCUAUACAAUGUUCUAUAUUUACAUACUUAAAAAAACUGUCUCAUGGUAUUCAAAUUUACAUUUUCAAAAAAUGUGUCAUUCUUGCAUACAUGAUAUAUUAUCUUAUAUUAAGAAAAAUUGUUUUGUAUUUCUCUAUAUCUUUACUAACAGUUACUAGUGUUUAUAUACUGUAUCAUAAGCAUUUGUAUAUUGUGUCACAAGUGUUUAUAUAUUGUGGCACAAGUGUUUAUAUAUUGUGUCACAAGUGUUUAUAUAUUGUGCUACAAGUGUUUAAAAAUGUGUGCUAUAAAUGUUUAAAAAUGUGUGUUAUAAUGUUUAAA